GCUGUGGCGGACUUUAAGUUGGUGAAGGGGAAGUGUCAGGUCGUGUACAGCGAGAAUCUGAAGAGUCUAGAGGAGUACUUCUCGGACGGCCUCGACAGGUUCUACUUUACUGAGGCCUAUGAUUCAGAGUCCAAGAUGUUCGAAGAACCACCACGACAAGCCAGGGUUUCAGGAGGAAAGGGUAAAGGGAAAGGCAAGGGCAAGGGUAAAAGUUCUGCACCCACAGUAGAAGAGGAAUCAACAGAACCUAAGAAAGUGGACUACAAAAGACUUCGCACUCUGGAUGUGUUCGCUGGAUGUGGAGGUAUAUCAGAAGGGUUCCAUCAGGCAGGCGUCGCCGAAUCCUGCUGGGCAAUAGAGAAAGAGGAACCAGCUGCCCAGGCGUUCCGCCUCAAUAACCCAGGCUGUACGGUGUUCACGGAUGACUGCAAUGACCUGCUAAAGCUUGUUAUGGAGGGAGAGAAGAAGAAUAAUGUAGGUCAGAGGCUGCCCCAGAGAGGAGAUGUAGAGCUCCUGUGUGGGGGGCCCCCUUGUCAGGGGUUCAGCGGGAUGAACCGGUUCAACUCCAGGGAGUACUCCAGAUUUAAGAAUUCCCUGAUCGCCUCCUACCUGAGUUACUGUGAUUACUAUCGACCCCGAUUCUUUUUGCUGGAGAACGUGCGGAACUUUGUGUCGUUUAAGCGUAGCAUGGUUCUGAAGUUAGCCCUGCGGUGUCUGACCAGGAUGGGAUACCAGUGUACGUUUGGAGUCUUACAGGCAGGGUGUUAUGGUGUCCCACAAACUAGGAGAAGGUAAAGAUACAAAAAAACAUUAAUUUU